AUGAGUCGCACAUUACCGACACGGCAGGCUGAGGAGCUGCACAAAUCCAUUAUAGCUUACCUUUCAGCUAAUAAUUUGCCAAAAUCUGCUACUGCCCUUCGAGAAGAGGUUGGCCUUGGCGAAGAUGUAUACGAUGUCGCCACCGAGAAGAAGUACGAGACGCUCCUUGAGAAGAAAUGGACAAGUAUUGUGAGGCUACAGAAGAAGAUAAUGGACCUCGAGUCACGAAACGCAUCGCUCCAAUCUGAACUCGAUAAUGCCACGCCUACCUCCCUAUCGAAGCGAAACCAAGACCCGAAAUCUUGGCUACCUAGAAUACCAUCAAGACAUACCUUAGAGGGCCACCGAGAAAUGAUCAACUGUAUUGCUUUCCAUCCUCGAUUUUCGACAAUUGCCUCGGGAUCUGAUGACUGCACCAUCAAAAUUUGGGACUGGGAACUAGGCGAACUAGAACAAACAAUCAAGGGCCACACACGAGCCGUAAAGGGCCUUGAUUACGGUGGUCCCAGAGGUGCUACGUUGUUAGCAUCAUGCAGCUCAGAUCUCACAAUCAAAUUAUGGGAUCCGUCAGACCAAUACAAAAAUAUCCGAACCCUGUCUGGCCACGACCACAGCGUUAGCGCGGUUCGCUUCAUAUCAUCCGGUUCGGGAGGCUCCCAGGCUUCUGCAAAUUUGCUGGUCAGUGCAAGCGCGGACAAGUCUUUGAGAAUAUGGGACACAACAACGGGAUAUUGUUUGAAGGCUCUUCGGGGCCACGUGGAUUGGGUACGGGAUGUUUGCCCAUCACUAGACGGACAAUUUGUGCUAUCUGCGGGCAGUGACCACACUGCACGACUCUGGGACAUUUCGGUCCCCAACCCAGAAAACAAACUAACACUGAUUGGACACGAAAAUGCCGUGGGCUGCUGCACAUUUGCACCACCGGCAGCAUAUGUACACUUGGCAACGAUGGCUGGCUUGAAGAAGCCGCCGGCCGCCAACAGUUCAGCAGAAUUCCUUGCCACAGGCUCCCGCGACAAGACUAUCAGAUUAUGGGAUGGACGAGGCAUCUGCUUCAAGACUCUCGUCGGGCACGAUAACUGGGUAUCGUCUCUUGUUUUCCACCCUGGCGGCAAGUACCUGCUUUCCUGCGCGGACGAUAAGACGAUACGAUGCUGGGACUUGAGCCAGGAAGGCAAAUGUGUCAAGGUCCUGGACGGAGCGCACACACAUUUUGUGACCUGUCUGAGAUGGGCACCUUGCAUUCAAAAGGACGGCGGGGCAGUCAAUGGAAACGGUACACAAGAGCAAGGAUCUGAGAAUGAUGGGAGUUUGAAGAAGAGCGUAGGCCCGGCGGAUGCUUCAGAGGCGCAGAUAAGAUGUGUAAUUGCAACAGGGAGCGUCGACUUGACGCUUAGGAUAUGGGCAAAUUAG